AUGGACGAUCAUUUCUUCAACAUGAGGAAAGACAACUUCGACGAAGAGAACGCAGGGUCGAUGCAUACUCAGAAGAAGAGGAAAGUGGAGCAAGGCCCUGAGAUGAAUUCCCUUGAGGUCUACAAGAAGUUUGCAAGCGAAGAAGCCAUCCUGUGUCCAUUCGAAGCGUUGGAUGGACCGCAUGCCUUCACUGUCCUUUCACUAGGUGCUGUGCUACCGGAUAUUCCAGGGUAUCACAACUACGACCACAUAUACCCCAUUGGCUACAAGGGUCUUCGUUGCUUCCCUAGUAUGGAGAACCCUCGGCAGCUCGGGCAUUUCUCGUUUGAGAUUCGCUAUGGCGGCUUUUUACCCCAGGGAGGACCCUCUUUUGUUGUCCGGCAGUGUGGCGUGAAGGAAGAGAUGCAAGGCUCGUCGCCCGAUGAGGUGUGGCAGAAGGUGGUGGAGAGAUUGAGGUCUGGAGGGUACCCCUGGAGGAGGGGUGUGAACGGUCAUGCUUUGUUUGGUCUCACUUCAGGAACAAUUGUGAAGGAGAUAGAAAAACUCCCAGGCGCAAGUUCCUGCAUGCAGUACAAAAGCAGCACUCCAGUCCAGUUGCCAACCUUGCUUUGGUCACAUCAGCUGCCAGUCGUUACGAACCGUCAAAGCGAGUCCUUCGCCGAAGUGACAACCGAAAGGAAUAAAGUUUCGAGCCGUGAGAUGAUGAAGCAGGAAAUGAUCAAGCAAAAAUUGAUCCAAGAACGGAAAAAAGUAGAAGCCAAGGAAUGGUUGAGGAUGGAACGAGUUAAACAAAAAGCUGAAUAUGAAAUGCAGAAGGAAGAAAUCAAGAUGGAGUUGGAGCGUCACAGGCAGGAUGAGAAAAAGAAACGAAUUUGGCAGAAGACAAUUGAGAAAUAUCAACACAGACUUGUGAUGAUAGAUGAUCUGGAACUUAUUCAUAUCCAGAAGAAGUUGGGAUUCUCACCGAAUGGGGAUAAUGCAAACUUGCAUGCAGACUUUCUCAAGGCCGAUCCACUCCAAGUGAAACUCAAUUCUGAUGUGAUAUGUGACUCUCUUGAGGUAUGGGAAUUCACAAAUUUCUUUUCACAACACUUCAAGAACGAAAAGAUCUCCUUCGAAGAAUUUUGUCAACUCCUUUGCAAUCCUAGCUGCGAAAUCUUUCGUGGAAUCCACAUAUUCCUUAUUGAAGCUCUUUUCACAGACCUGGGGUCAUCCAAGAAGGCCUUUUUGGGUAGACCCCUGAAUGCCUUAACCUGGCCCGAGCUUUUCCGUCAAUACAUAGCCAUGGUCUGCAAAGAGCAUCAACUUGACUGCCUUGAUUCCUUGAACGAACGAAUGGGAUUGCUUGAGUUCUGUAGAUAUUUGUCGGAGACUUAUUAUGAAGAUCUCCCAAUGAAGGCAAGAUUGGAUAUGUUGAUUUUGAAUGUCAAUCUUGCUCUUGAAACAUCAUCUAUCCGAGGAUUGUUGGAUAGAAAGGCUGAGUCGUAUUCGAUGCUUCUGAUGGACAAGAAACAGGAAUUCAAUCAUUCGGUUGAUAACAAAUCUCCAAAUACGGACAAGUUGCAGCAAUCAAAUAACAUUUCAGCAGCUGCAGUGUUGCUUGGCUCGACACCCGAAAAUGCCACAGAGAAUGAAGGAUGGGGACAGGAGGAUGAGGAUGAGGAUGAGGAUGAGGAUGAAGGGGGGAAAGACGUUGAUGACGUAGACGUUUCUGACUUUGCUCUCAACGAUUCACACGAAUCCGAUGCUAGGAAACUGGCUCAAAAGGGCAGAGGUGGAAGGCAAGUCGCGGUCGAGGCCGAGGAGGCAGGGGAGGCAGGGGAGGCAGGGGAGGCAGGGGACGUCGUGGCGGACGUGGCGGUCAGGGUGGGAGAAGCACAGGGGUUCUCCAAGUCAGAGGAAAACCGUCCCUGGUCAUGCUCUGCAGCAGAUUUGACUUGCGAUGAAACCAAUGAAGCAGAGACCUUCACAACUAAUCUUCAUACAAUCGUCGGAGAUAAGGUCAAAUCAAACUUCAAGCUGGUGCUAGAAGGUGUUGAAUUCUUUGUGCAUGAGUUUUACUGGUCUGUUCAAUCUCUCGGAGGUUCGGUUCGAAUCAAGAGAUGGAAGAUCGUUGCAAAUGACAUGAUGCUCCGCAAGCUAGGAAGGAAAUGCAUCACGUUUCCGGGGAGGGGUAUAGCGUACAUGCCGCGUCAGUGGGAGAAGUGGCAACUCUCGGAGUACGAGAAGAUCUACGGCAACAUUCCGCCUCCCCAGGAAUAUUUAUACAGUGCCAAGGGUGAUUGUCGUCGGUCCCGGGGGGGGGCAAUGAUGGGGGUGAGGAAAGCGUUAGGGAGAAAGCCUGUGUUCGAUGUGGAAGAGAAGGAAAUGAGGGACUCCGACAAUGAUAAGGGAGUCGAGGAAGAUGAGUCAAUCCCAAUCCCUCAUAACUUCGACGACUUCAAAGAAGAGGCGCAAACUUUCUUGCAGCGAUGGACUGAGAUAGUGGGGCCAGACAUGUCGGAAGAGAGGAAGUUCAAAAUCGAAUCCAUUGAGUUUUCUGUCUACGAAUUGUAUUGGUCUAUGCAGUCCUUUGGAGGGUCCAAGAAGUUUGACAAGUGGAAGUUAGUAGCAAAUGAUAUGAUGAUUCGCAAGAUGGGAAAACCUUGCUUCCCGCUCCAAGGACGUGGCUAUGGGUAUAUGCCAAAGCAGUGGGAGAAGUGGAAAUUGGAGAGGUAUGAAGAAGAAUAUGGUUCAACCAACAUCCCAGCAGUGUAUGACAAACCAACAAAGAUCUCUCUUGCGAUGGCCAAGAAUCCAAGGACGAUCAGCUCUGAGUGGUUCCUUGGGGGUGCGAGGAAAAAUGCCUUUGGUGAUGGAGGAACAGACGAUCCCUCGAGGGCGAGUCCAAACGAUGUACAUAGAGCAGCCAUCGAUGACAACCUGAAGUUUCUCAUCAGCAUCCAUGAAAGUGAGUCGUUCAAGAAAGGUAUCAGGAAGGAAGAUCUCAACAAAAAGAGAUCCCUGGAUCAGAAGUACAAGUCUACUUUGUAUGAUAGAAGGCCUAAGUCUGAAUGUUUGGGGUGCGACAGGUUUUAUCGCCGGUACUGGGUGUUUGGAGGUGAUUUUUCAAGGAUCUGGAUUCAAUCCCCUCCAGCUUCUUCAUGCGAGCGGGAAGAAUUUAAAGAUCUGUUCGGCGACGUCCAAUCAGAGCACGCAUGGUGUACAAUAUCCAAACCUCACCAGUUGGAACAUUUGAUUCAGUCCCUGGAAUCGUAUGGCGUACGCGAGCAUGAACUGAUCGAGAACUUGGAGCUUUAUCGCCACGAUUUCUUGAGUCACAUGUCCAAGAAAGAGAGUGAAGUCAAGGCCGAGGCGACUGGAGACCAAAAAAUGGAAGUUGAGACCAGUAAUGUGACGGAAAAGCAACCACCUAAGAGAGCUCCUCGGCCAUUGAAGGUUGGAAUAGAAAGCAUCGUCUCGAACGCCUCAAAGUUCCUUGAGAAAGAGCAACCUGAGGGUGGACAUCGUGCUUGUGAGUUUGUACAAGAAGCUUACAGCUCCAUCCGCUCAGAAGAGGUUGUGUUCCUUGUGACCUUAUCUCGCAUAGAAAGUAACUUGCGUUUUCUUGGGCAGAUUGAUGCGGCAAGAGCGUACUUUGGCAUCGACUUGCCGGCGGACGACAGUGAAAGUGACUUCCCACGGCACCUGCCGGCAUCCUUGUGUAAACUCAAAGGAGAUCUUUUGCUGAUCGAGAUGGCCUUGAACGAGGUAUUCUUUCUUCAAGCCUUCACCAUGGCUGACGUGUUGUCAUUGCAGCUUGCUGUAGAUUCAGAGUUCUUGAAGAUGAGGAAGGAAUGGCUGCAGAUGGUCAAGAUGGCUCGUUGCCCUCAUGACCUCGUCGAAGUUCUCAGGCUCCUGAUCACUUCGAUCAAGGGCAACUGGCUGCGCCCCUGGUUCUCCGGCCUCCCGCAACCCUGGAAGGCCGAGGAGAAGAAGGACUUUGACAACGGGGAGUCACAGGACAACGAGAACGAGAACGAGAGUAUGAACGUGAGCGAGCUCGGGGCGGGCAGGCAGGAUGACUUCGGGCCAGAGCUGCUCUGCAGUUACACGUCCGUUGGAUCCAUUGCUAUCAUCCUGUAUGCUCUGGAUGAAGCCAUCCUCUACGGCGGCACAGCCUCCUCCGACAUGUCGUCCAUGGAAAUCUCUGAUACGGAGGAGGAGGAGGAGGAGGAGGAGGAGGAGGAGGAGAAGCAAACGUUUGUCGACAGCACAAUGCAGCAAGAAGGAAGCGACGACGAGCGGGAGUCGCCCAUAGAGAGCUACUCCUCCAAGCAGCGACGUCGCGUCUUUCAGCCGGACAGUUCGUCGGACUCGUCCGACAGCAGCUGA